UUUUUAAUUUGAAAUUUUUGCUUGAAAACGUGGAAUUUUGCAUUUGAAAAAUACAGAUACACUCGAUGCGUGCAAUUCUUUGUCAUCUUCAUCUUUUUUCACAUCUGCUGAGCACACGGCUCGGCAAAAUAUUCCACUUACCAAUUUCGAUGAAUAGGCAGACUGAGACAGCAGACGACCGAGUGCGGUUGUGAGUGAGAACGAAGAGCUGCGGUAAGGCAGUUUCACCCGCGCCAAGAGAGCAGCGCAUGCGUACAACAUGUUACGAAGGCUAUCGGCACCCUCAAGCUGCUCGAAAAAUUGAGGCGACCCGAACCCUCCAAAAGACCUCCGUUGGGCACUCAGAAUUGCAAUCUGCGUUCGUUCGACAGUACGGCACUUCGGGUGCUGCUCAGAAUAGCACCAUAAGUAUGUAGAUUGUUUGAAGUGUGAGAUAAGCGCUAGUGCUGUAGUGCUACGUGACUACGUGCGUUCCGAUACCCUUGGUCAGGUUAUGCAUCAACAUUUGUAACGCCUAGGUUAUGCACAUAUAGCACUAUACCGUGUUAUUGUCGCAUUAUUUUUUAGUCAAGUGCGCUGGCAGCAAGUGAAAUUAAAUUAAAAUGACUCAAUUAUAUAGCAACGAGCUGAUAAGUUUAGAGAAGAAAAUCCAAAACUUAGAAAUGACGAGUAGCAACUGCAGAGAAUUUGAUUUGGACUUCCUCUAUGACCUGCAGAGAUGUAAAGAUUGGAUAAUAGCAAACAACAUAAAAAAGGUUUGCCUACAAUUUCCUGAUUAUCUACUUUAUGAUGUGGCUAAUGUUGUUAAAUUAUUUGAAUCUGCACUUGAAAUGCAUGUUUAUGUCUUAGGAGAUACAUCAUAUGAAAGUUGUUGUGUGGAUUAUGUAGCUGCUGCUCAUAUCAAUGCAGAUGGCAUAGUACAUUUUGGAAGUACCUGCUUCUCAAAGCCUGUUGAAGUCAUUCCAACACUACUGGUCCAUGAAAAGAGCAAAUUUGACUUGGACAAACUAUUCAAUGCAUUUGCUGAUCAAUUCCAUGCUGAUACUUGUGGUGAUGUAUCUGUCAUUCUAGACACUCCAUUUAUAUACAAAAAAGAACAAAUGAGACUAAUCAAAGAUAUCCACCAAGAUAUAACACUACAUGGAUUAGAUGAGGAGGAUAUUAAUGUAGAAAACCGCCGAGUUUUAUAUGUCGGUGAUAAUAAUCGUAAACUUAUGAUAUUCAAUCAGUUGUACAAACCUAAAGAAUUGUUUUAUUAUAAUAAUUCAAAUCCAGAGUAUGUUCAAGCCUAUGCUAUGGAUCUGAAAGCGAUUAAAAGGCGGUCAUAUCUACGAGAAGUAAUCAAAGAUAGCAAAACGGUUGGUAUUAUUAUGGGAACUGUUUCUGUCAAAAACUACAAAGUGAUCAUGCAUAGAAUGAUUAAACUGUGCAGGUUGCAUGGCAAAAAACAUUAUCUGAUUAGUGUUGGCAAGCCAACAGUUGCGAAACUUGCCAAUUAUCCGGAAUUAGAUGUUUAUGUAUUAAUUGGAUGCCCCAUGAAUGACAUAUUUGACAGUCGCGACUAUUACAAACCAAUCGUGACGCCGCACGAUGUCGAAACAGCGUUAAACCCAAAUGCCGCAGGAGUACGAUAUCAUGACUUAACAUCACUUGCAGAAAAUAACGAUGACCUGAAUAAUAUUUCCGUCAAUGUUUGUGAUGUAAGUCUUUUGAGUGGAACUGUGCGCACUGUGGAAGAAGUGCAACCAGAUGAAAACACAAAUGAUACUAUAAUAAGUUUGAGACAAGAUGGCAGCGUUGCACUGCAAUAUAAAGAUGGCCAUCUUAGUUCGAGGACCUGGAAGGGUUUGGAACAAAAUAUAGGAAAAACUGAGGUGGAACUUGCUUCCGAAGGGCGAAAAGGUAUUGCAUCCGGCUACGAAACUGAACCAAAAUAAGUUAAUUUAUAUUUGUACAAUACUUGUUAUAAAUUUGUUAUAUUAAACAAACAUUAUAUGUUCAUUGUUGAGUA